AAUACAAAAUAGGUCAUAAAAAUGCACAGUUUCAGAAAUGAAACUGUAAAAAUCAUUUAUUUGAACCCUAUAAGCUUAUUAGUGUCUAUACAGGGCUUUGACUUAGGGUGGAACAUGAAAAUCAAUGGUCCCGAAUGUGAGGGGAGGCUGCGACCUUCAAGCGUCCUCUGAACUCUCCCCCACCCACCCGCCACCCACACCGCUCCCAUUCCCGAGUAAUAUCCCCCGGAAUGUACUCCUAAUGGACAAAUGCCAUAAAAAUGGCAUGUGCUUAAGAGCGUCCAGGCGGCGCAGUUGUUUGAUCAAAUCUGUAGUAUCAAUCACAAUCAUAUCGUAGAGGAUUUACAAGUAUAAUUGAUGUAUACUUAAAGCUAUAAAUAUUUAAUAGGAUAAACAACUUAGUAAUAUACGAUGUUGCCUGUUACCGGACAUACUGUUCUCGACUUUCCCUGUAACGUUGCCAUCUGAAUAAAUACAAAUAAAUCAGCUGUUGUUUACCAAACAGAACGAAACAUUUAUUAUAAUUUUCAUUUAUGACAAAAACUAUAGUGUAAAUUGACACAUACAACUGAACUGACACGAUGUACCGAGCUAACACGGCCGUGUAGAUGGGACAAACAGCCAGCGCUAACAGCAUCGUACUUCAGGAGAGAAGAACCAGAGAAUCCCUCAACAUCGUGGUCUCAGAUGAGGUGUUGGACCGCCUGACCAGCGAGCCCAAGAUGAAGGAACCGGAGCCGGAACCCGAGCGAGAGCCCGAUCCCAGGGCCUACCACCACGUCCACUUCUCGGACUUCGCUCAGAUCGACAACCCCGCGGUGGCCGACCAGGAGAGCGAGUUCACCAAGAACAAGAACUACUGGAAGAAGCGGCUGGAGGACCUCCAGGAGGUCCACGAGAGGAUCAAGCAGGUCCUGGAGACCGAGAAGGACCGCGGGUAUAAAGACGUACAAGUCACCCUCCCUCAAGCAGAGGACGAGAAGGGGGAGAAGCCAUGUGUCGACAAUCUCAACGAGGUCGCGGAUUGCUACAAGACCAACUCCCAGGAACCACUGUUGUGCGAUAAGGAAGUCUUAAAUUUCGUCUCCUGCCUGAGGGGUAAGACGAUGGAAAAACUGAAUGAGAAAAAAGAAGACGCUUAACUUCUGUGCCUUUGUAUAAGUAUGUGAUAUUGACUGAAUUCUUACGUUUGGUAUGUAAAUCUUCUAGUACCGUUAUUGUUUAUAUUACGCUCACAUUUUGUACCGUGCAAAUUAAAAAUUUUACAGCAAUGAAA